AUGGAUGAAACGGUAUUUCAUUUGCAUCGGCUCAUCAUGGAUGGAAAUAUAAAAGAAAUUAAAAACUACCAAGACGAACUCAAAAAAUUGGUUGAUGUAUAUCCUGAAGCUAUUUUUCUUACAUGUACUCAAGAUCUCCCAGAAGUGUUAAAUCUGCUUAUUGAAUUUGGAUUUAAUCCUUAUUUUUUGGAUACUGGAAGAGAAAAUAUUGCUCAUUACGCAACAAAAUCAAACAGUUUUAAAAUUUUAGGAUACCUUGCUCAAAAUUACCCGAGUUUAUUUUUUAUUAGUGAAGAUUCUGUAGGUGAUCGACCUAUUCAUAUAGCUUCAAGAAAUGGGAAUGUUGAAGCUCUGAAAACUAUUGUAAAGGUGCAUCCUUUAGGAAUUCUUAAUUGGGAUGAUCAAUCUGCAUUAACUAUUUCAAUUAGAAAUCAAGACAUAAGAACAGCUAAGCUUUUGCUUGAUAGAGGAAGCGAAUUCGACUAUUCUGUAUGUGUUGAAGUUGGCUUAACUGAGCUUAUUGAGUACAAUAAAAAAGUGAAAUUAUGAAAAAGAAGACUGCCUUUUAUUUAUUAUUUAGCAUAUGCAGCUCAAAAUCAAAAAUCAAAUAGCAAGGAAUAUUACGAUUUACCAUAUGGAAUUAUCAGAGAAAUAACACAAUUUAUUUAA